AUGUCCACGGCAACUCGUCUGGGCUCACCACCCAAGAUGGCGGCGGCGCAUGUCAAAUACCGUGCAGCCUGCGAUCACUGCUCCUCCACGAAGACAAAGUGCACACAAGAACGACCAUCUUGUCAAAGAUGUCUAGCUCUUGGGAGAGACUGCCACUACAGCAAAUCUCUAAGGGCAGGAAAGCCUCCGCGAUCCAGCAAGAAGCUCAGCCAGAAAGCAGCUGCUCCUGUGCUACCUCGCCCAAGUCCACACAUGAACAGCAACUUCGUGUUUGACCCUCCCAAUCAGGCAUGGAGCAACGCUACAUCCCCAUAUCCCACGCCAGUCUUGACCCCAAGCACUGGUCCAAGCUGCUUUGCACUUGGCGACUUCAACAACCACGCAUGUAGCUCGUCAUCGCAAUCACUCUCACCUCCAAACUCAGACUGGCUUUUGGACUACAAUCAUGGGAGUGAUCUUUUCGCCGAUUUCAAGUCAACUUCACCACAUCCAGCCAUUCUGGAGUCUCACAACAGACUACAAUUUGCAUCCCCUAUAACAGAGAUGGGAGGUGAAUUCGAAGAACUGGCCCGCUUUCACGCCAACCCAGUGAAACGCGUAUCCGACACAGAAGAGUGCAUCAGACUGGCAACAAGUACGCUCACUGCCCUCUACAACCUACCAAUGGCCACCACCUUUGAAGGCGAUCGACGACCAACUACCGAUGAAGUUCUGGACGCCACAGCUCUCGCUUUGCAGAACCUGAACACCGUCAUGGCCUACAUCUGUGCGAAAGAUUUCACAAUGCCCAUGAUGAUCGUGAGCAUAGCUUCCAAGCUCCUAGCUUGGUCUCAAGCAGUGGUCUCCGUCCAAGAUCCAUACACCGCUGGCAUCAACACAGCCAAGGAACUCGUAUCCGAUGCGUCAUCAACAAUGGGCGGACACGAUAAAUAUGGCUGGAUUCUAAAACAUCAAGUUGUGCAGGGUCAACUGCAUGGCCUGAGUAACAUUCUUGCGAGUUUCCGCGGCUCUUACUGCUCCCAAGRGAUGACCGAGGCGAGCUUGAUGUUUGCUUCCAUGGAGGCACAUGUGCGAAGUCGGUUGAUGAUGACGAUGCAAGAAAUUGAUUCACGGUUGCGGAGUUGUGUUGAAUAG